AUGGUGCGCGCGCAUGGCUCGCGGUACGUGCUCCGCUUAGUCCUACCCAACCGCUCUCGUUCCAUUUUCCAGUACGGGGUCGAACACACCCGUCUCGCUCACAUUCGCGGCAUCGUGUUGUCGCGGCCCCACUGCCCGUUUCCCCGCCUCUCUUGUUCGCUUCCCUCCCGUGCCUCUCCCGUGCCCACCCACCCUUUCCCCCGAUCGUUCCGCGCGUCAUUCCCCGCAGCUCGCCGCGCUCAUGGUACCUCCGGAGCGUUCGUCAGCACGCAGGCGCUGCUCGCCCUCGCGCUCGCCCUGCUGCUGCUGCGAUCCUACAUUAGUCGCCAAGCCGCGCCCGGCCAGGCAUGGUCGGCGCUCGUCCCGUGGGGCUGCGCGCUGUACGCCUCUCAGGCGGGCGUGGCAGCGCGUGUGGUGGUGGGACGCGCGGGAGAGGUGGCCAUAGGGGAGGGCGAGGGAGGAUGGGCCGACAGUGCCGCCGCCUCGAGUACUCUUCAAUCCGAAGCUGCUGCCGCGACGUCGGAGCAGCGUGGUGCGGGGUCGAGCGGGGGAGAGGCGGGUGCAGCAGGAGGCGCGGGGAGGCUAGUGGAGCAGCAAGGCCCGUUGAUUAAGGAGGAGUCAGCGGGUGCUGCGGGUAGGGGUGAUCAACCAGCAGACCCUGCAGCUGUAGGUGGUGCAGCCGUUGGGGUUACAGAAGGCGCGAGCACAGCCGUUGGGGCCCUCGAUGGCGCGAUCCCAACCGUUGAUGCUUCAAACUGCAGCAUGUCCGCUGGCAGUAACGGCAGCGAGGCCGGGGGCUCAUCAGAGGCGGCGGAGCAAGCAGCAUGCGAGGGCGCUGCGCUGACAGAGGAGGACGUGCGCGCACGGCAGGCGGAGGAACACGCGGCCUUUGGACGCGUGCAGGUGGAGGGGGGGUGGGAGGGGAAAGCGGAGGGGAAGGGCGUGGAGGGCGGGCAGGGGGGCGUGGCGGAGGCGGGGGUGAACGAGGAGGUGUGCUUCACGGUGCGAGCACUGGAUGCCAAUGGGAGUGCAUUUGACAACGGGUGCAGGCAGAGCGCGUUCCUGGUGGCCCUCAUUGCGCUGCAGCGCCGCCAGGGGAGCACCGACAGCCGCACUGAUGCCCAGGAGGGUAGUGUCAGCAACAUCAGUGGGGGCAGCGCGGAUGUGCCGGUGCAGAGCAGUGCGCGCGUGACGGAGGUGGCGGUGGCUGUGAGCGGCCAGGCGAGGGCAGCCGCUGGGCGGGCGGCCGUGCUGCUGGAAGAGUGGGAGCAGAGGGGAGAGGGGGGGGAGGGAGGACAGGGGGAGGAAGGAGGGGGUGCGGAUGUGCGCAUGGCAGCGCGGGUGACGUACCACCCUGGCAACUCGUCCCACCAGGUGUGCGUCCAGCUGCCCCUGCCCGGCCGCUACACCCUCUCGCUGCACCUCCUCUUCUCCGCCACCUCCCUCCUCCUGCGCUCCAACGCGCGCACCGCCUUCGAUGGGGGGUUCUCCAACUACACGGUGGUGCAUUCACAGCCCAUUCAAGCAUGGGCUCCGCCCACCUUCUCUCUGCACGCACACAGAGCCUCUCUACCUUACUGCACGCCACCGCUCCUCACCGCAUCCCACCACGCGGGUUACUGGAUGGGCCACCUGUGGCAGCCCCACGCGUGUCGCCUGCGCCGCCUCUCCCCCCCCGCCCUGCACGCGUGCUUCCACGGCCGCUCGCUGCUCUUCCUCGGCGACUCCCAGCUGCGCUACACCUUUGGCUUCCUGCGCUUCCUCCUCCGCUUCCCCUCCCGCGCUGCCUUCCUCACCAAGUUUGCCGCCAAGCCUAAGGUGUUCUGGCCCAACAUGCUGGCCUGUGGCAGCGUGCCACGUGGCAACGGGUCCAUCUACCCACCAGUCAACAGCAGCACGGGCGAGCUCAUCUCCACAGGGGUGUGUCAGCUGCCCGACUCUGCCUUCUUCUUCCACGGGGAGAACUUCAACGGCUAUGGCCGUGCUGUGUACAAGGUGAGGGGAGCAGAGGGCAGCCCACCAGCAGCCUUCAACCUCACGUACGCGUCGCAGUGCGGCGCCGUGAAGCCCGUGUUCCCCGCGUGGAUGAGUGACCCCGCGCUCGUGGGGCCACAGCUCACUCUCUUUGACGCGCGGGAUGAUGCACACAACGCUGCUGCCAGCAGCGAUGCUCGCACCGUCACGCUGCUGGGCCCGUGGCCUGACCUCCUCUGCUUCCUCCCCUGCCCCUUCCAUCCAGAAUCCAACCUGCUGCCACCACUGCUAGCAGUGAUGAGGGACCCCUCAGCCGUGACUGUACUGGGUCCGUGGGCGGCGAGGGAGGACAGCAAGCCGCCGGAGUUCAUCCCCAUCAGCAACAACGCGCGUGGCACGGCGUUUGAAGCCGAGCUCCUCAGGUGGGUUGGGUUGCUGGGAGCGUCACAUGCCUCCAGCUAUUUAAGCAUCCUCCACGCUGUCAGCACACUAUUUCUUCUUCAUCCACCUGGAGCACCAACGCAACGCAGUCCGCGCAUGAUUCUGCUCCUUCUGCUUCUUCCCCUCCCCAUUCCUCCCCCUCCCCCACCUCCUCCCUCUCCCCUCCACCCCUCCUCCCCACCCCCUCUUCCCCUCCAAUCCCCCCUCAGGCGGCUACCCUCCACACAGCCCGGGGCACCCAGUGCGCUCGGCAUGAUGGGACUGACUCUGCCACGCCCAGACCUGUGCCCCGACAGCACGCACUACGCCUGGCCCGUCACCCUCGCCAUCCUUGACCUCUGGCUCACGCCCCUCUGUGCCGCACACGCCUCACGCUCCUGA